AUGUCGACAGUAAACACUGAUAUUUUAAAUAUUGUUAAAGGAAAAUCCAGAAGUUUAGUGUUUAGAACACAAAGCUGUUUUCUUGCCGACUUGUUUGCUGAUUUCAUACAGAAACUUCUUAGGAAGAAGGAUAAGAAGUUAGCAAUACCCUUGAACUCUACUUUCCGUUAUAUAGAUGACGUUCUUUCACUAAAUAAUUCAAAAAUUGGUGACUAUGUUCAACGCAUCUAUCACAUCGAACAAGAGGAUUCCUUUGCAAACAUCAAAUCAUUUUUUGACCGAAUCAGACAAUAUUCAAACAGAUGUGUACUCCCAGUUCUUGUUGGUAAUAAAGUAGAUACAACAGACGACAGAGCUAUUGGAAAACUGUUAGCAGAGGACUUCGCCAAUGAACAUGACAUUCCUUACAUUGAAACAAGUGCCAAAGAUGGAACAAUGGUUAAUGAACUUUUUAAAAAGGUUUUAAAAGAUAUAAUUAAUCCAUCAGAGGAGGUGAAACAGAGGCAGUGGAGACCCUUUACAUCAGCUGAUCUUAAUAGUUGUAAAUCUUGUAAAUGUGCAAUAUCAUAA